UAAAGAAUAAUGACAAAGCAAGCCCUUCCCCCGACAUGUAGCCAUGCGCUUCGUAUCGAGAAUCGAUCGUGAUUUGUUAUUGCAAUGAUAUUUUCUGAAUGUUGUAGUUGAGUUUGUUUGAAUGUGACUCGCGGAAUAUACAAAAUGGAACAUUUUUAUGUAAGUCAUUUUAGUUAUUACAGGAGUUCGAGUAACAGAAUACUUUAUGAAUGGCCCCGUUUUCUUGCACAUUUCCCAGAAACUGUUAAAAGUGUUACAAAGGGCAUAAUGUAUGCUGUUUUCCGCGGGUGUAUAGAUAGCAUAAAAGGCACUGUAGGAAUAUUUAUUCUGGAUAAGCAGAUAAAAGAAAAGGCAUCUCAGAGUACACCCAAGAAGGACGCUACGCCCAGGAGAAGGGAUUCCUCUAGAAAAGAUGAAACAUCGAAAGUGUCUUCCAAAGAGCCAGAGACAGUUUCCGUGUUAUCUCGGGCACUACAGUGUUGUGCACUAAAUGGUGUUGUGUUUUUAUUCAGUAUAUUUCUUUUUGAAUGUGGGGUGCUGCCUUUUUUGAGAUUCUUCUUGUCCAUACUCUUCGGCCAUUCACCAGACACAGAAAAUACUGUCUGGUCAUGGAUACAUCCAAUACUCACUUGGACGUUCAGCACCAUGUGGGUGUUGCCUCUUUUCUUGCUAAGCAAGAUUGUAAAUAGCUUGUGGUUUCAGGAUAUUGCAGAUUCUGCGUACAGACAUACCAGAGGUCGUCCACAAAUGUUGAGUAGUGUCAGCAAAUUGAUUGCAGACCUAUUAUUCAGCAUAUUAGUACAGGCAUUGUUCCUUGUUCAGAGCAUGCUCGUGAGCUUAUUACCAAUAAUGUUUCUCAAUGAACUACUGAGCCUAAUUCACAUGUGUAUGCUAUAUUCUCUAUAUUCAUUUGAAUAUAAGUGGUUAAACAUGGGCUGGGAGCUACACCAGCGUUUGAAUUUCAUGGAAAACAACUGGCCAUACUUUGUAGGUUUUGGUCUGCCUCUCGCAGUACUCACUGCAUUGCCCUCAUCAUUCAUUGUAAGCGGCUGUAUAUUUUCUAUGGUAUUUCCUAUGUUCAUAAUAAGUGGCAAUGAAGCAGUGCCAGUAACUGGAGUCUGUGAUUAUCCUCUGCAGCUUUUCUCGCCUGUUAUAGCAAUAUCGAAUGCAUUAUUCAACCGAACUAUUGGGACAAAACACACUCCAUCACAAGCACAGAGAUGAUCACUGGCUUCAAGUGUUCCAUCUAAUAUACAUGUACCAGAAAAUGUACUGAACUGUGUAAUUAACUCAAUUUUAAAAGACAGGCGUUUUAAAAUUCCUUUUAGUGCUACUUCAAAUUAUUUUGAAAACAUAUCACAGUUGCUUGAAAAAGAGAGAACUUUCAGGUUUUGGGCUUUAUUCGUAGCGAGCCCAUUCGGAAGCAGAUCAGUUUUGCAUAAUUUACAUGUUUUGCUUUAUAAUUUCAUUGAUGCAGAGUUAUGGUAUUGUAAGCAGUACAAUAACAGUAUGGAGAAGGAACUAGUUUUUCCUCUUCUUUUCCUAAGAAGUGUCUAAGUGAUGUACAAUCUGUGAUUUUUUCCAAGUAGGUCAGCACAGAGAGAA